AUGACUUCUUCAAACUCCGACCAGCGGCUGGACCACCUUCUGAGCGUGGUGGAGAGCGAGUUUCAGAAGGGGAGCGAGAAAGGAGACGCAUCGGAGAGGGAUAUUAAACUGGGACUAGAAGACGCAGAAUUAUGGACCAAGUUUAAAGAACUAACCAACGAAAUGAUCGUCACCAAGACUGGCAGGCGGAUGUUUCCAGUGCUCAGAGCGAAUGUGAGCGGCUUGGACCCCAACGCCAUGUACUCUGUCUUAUUGGACUUCGUGGCUGCAGACAACAACCGGUGGAAGUACGUGAAUGGCGAGUGGGUUCCCGGUGGCAAGCCCGAGCCACAGAGCCCUAGCUGCGUCUACAUCCACCCAGACUCGCCUAACUUCGGAGCACACUGGAUGAAAGCGCCUGUCUCAUUCAGCAAAGUCAAACUGUCCAAUAAACUCAACGGGGGAGGACAGAUCAUGCUGAACUCUCUGCACAAGUAUGAGCCCAGGAUACACAUUGUGAAGGUUGGAGGGCUCCAGAAGAUGAUCAGCAGCCAGUCUUUCCCCGAGACUCAGUUCAUCGCUGUCACUGCUUACCAGAACGAAGAGAUAACUGCGUUGAAGAUCAAACACAAUCCAUUCGCUAAAGCUUUCCUUGACGCCAAAGAGAGGAGCGACCAUAAAGACAUUCCAGACCAUGGUGGAGACAGUCAACAGUCUGGUUAUUCCCAACUUGGUGGUUGGUUCCUACCUGGUAACGGCCCUAUGUGCUCCAGCAGCAGCCCCCCUCCGUUCAGCGGGGCCCCUGGCCCCUCCUCAGGGUCUUAUUGUGAGAGGUACUCCAGCCUGAGGGGCCACAGGGCAGCCCCCUACCCCAGCCACUACCCACACCGCUCCUCCAGCUCAAACAACUACAUGGACAACUCGUCGGGAGUCCUGCCCACCCAUGACAGCUGGUCAGCCCUUCAGAUCCCUAACUCCUCUGGGAUGGGAACCCUGGCCCAUACUACCAACUCCACAUCUAACUCCAGCCAGUAUCCUAGCCUGUGGUCUGUUGCCGGGACAACCCUAACUCCUUCUGGCUCCUCCUCUGGUUCCAUUGCUGGCGGUCUGACCAGCCAGUUCCUGCGAGGCUCCUCCUACACUGGCCUGACCUCCUCUCUGCCCGUUUCCUCACCAUCCUCCAUGUACGACCCCAGCCUUAGUGAGGUGGGUGUAGGCGUGGGCGAGGCCCAGUUCGAAAGCUCCAUCGCCAGGCUCACCGCCUCCUGGGCACCUGUGGCUCAGAGCUACUGA